UAAAUGUCUUUACAAAGCGGCUUAGGCAAACUGGACGUCGAUGUUCUAAACGCCGAACAGCGGGAGAAACUGCGCCAGUUCAAAAUCCAGACGAGAAUCGACAAUGAGAGGUAUCUGAUGGCACACCCCGAGGUGGAGGUCAUGGUUGAAGAUUUUCUCAGAGACGUACUACUUAAAAGACCCAUCCACAUUCGAGCAUUUGCUGCUGAUCAUUUCACCAAUCCUGACCUUCACACGGUUAUUAAAUCAAAAAUGGAGACCAUCAAUAUAGAUUCAUGA